ACACACAACACGUAUACCGGUAUACGGAACUAAAUCGCAAACAAAAUCGGGGCGCAGAGUCUGCUGAUAUCAACUAAAUCGCCGUCAAGUGAAGAACUGAGUUUUUGGAACAAUGGAGAAGAAAACAAAUUUACCGAAGAAUCCAAGCGCAAAGCGAACACAAUAUCCGAUUGGAUCCGAACAAUAUACAGUCUAUGAAGAAAUAGGGAAAGGAGUUAGCGCUUUGGUUCAUCGCGCUCUUUGUAUUCCUCUCAAUGAGAUCGUUGCAAUCAAAAUCCUAGAUUUCGAGCGUGAUAAAUGUGAUCUGAACUCUGUGUCACGGGAAGCACAAAUAAUGGUCCUGGUUGAUCAUCCCAAUGUUCUUAAAUCAUACUGCUCCUUUGUCUGUGAUUACAAUCUAUGGGUUGUCAUGCCUUACAUGGCUCAAGGUUCCUGUCUCCACAUACUGAAGUCUGCUUAUCCAGAUGGUUUUGGAGAGGUUGUCAUUGCAACAAUUCUACGUGAAGUGCUAAAGGGUUUAGAAUACCUUCAUGAUCAUGGCUACAUUCAUCGGGAUGUCAAAGCUGGAAAUAUUCUCAUUGAUUCACGUGGUGGAAUAAAGUUGGGAGAUUUCGGUGUAUCGGCCUACAUGUUUGAUUCAGGUGACAGGCAGCAUAUGCGGAAUACAUUUGCUGGAACUCCUUGUUGGAUGGCACCGGAGGUCAUGGAGCAAGUGCAUGGUUACGAUUUCAAAGCUGAUAUUUGGUCUUUUGGCAUAACUGCUUUAGAGCUUGCUCAUGGACAUGCUCCUUUCUCAAAAUACCCUCCAAUGAAGGUGUUGCUAAUGACAUUGAAAAAUGAACCUCCACGCCUUGAUUCUGAGAGGGACAGGAAGUUCUCGAAGUCCUUUAGGCAAAUGAUUGCUAGUUGCUUGGUAAAAGAUCCUUCAAAAAGGCCUACAGCCAAAAAGUUGUUGAAGCAUCCUUUCUUUAAAAAAGCUAGGUCCAAUGAUUAUGUAGCAAGAACAUUGUUGGAAGGCUUGCCAUCUCUUGGUGAUCGCAUGCAAGACUUGAAGAGGAAAGAAGAAGAAUUGCUAGCACAAAAGAAGAUGCCAGAUGGGCAGAAAGAAGAAAUGUCACAGAAUGAAUAUAAACGUGGGAUUAGCUGCUGGAGCUUUGAUGUUGAAGAUUUGAAGGCACAGGCUUCCUUGAUUCCAGAUGAGGAAAUUAUUGGUGAGAAUGACCACGGGGGGAGUUCAGAUGCGCUCGCAGGGCUUGACUACCAAGGAAACCGGCUUCAAUAUCAGUUAUCUUCGCCAGAACUUCCAAAGCUUCAGUAUCAAGUCUCCUUUGGAAGUCAAAGUUCCGAUGCUACAGGAUUUGAUGGUAACAAUCCAUCUGCUCCUCCUUCGCCUGCUGAACGCACCAUGGAUUAUAGCAGACAUAAAACUGAGAAGUUUGAUGACGAUUUAAGCAUUGCUAGUCCAUUACAUGAUGCUCAAAUUUCUCAAAAUUCUUCUCCAUGCCAAGAGGAGAUGAAUUUUGUUGGAAAAGGUGAACAAAAGAUUCAUGCAGAAACAUUUGAGGGAAUUCCCAUAAAUACUUGUCAAAGUGAUAAAAGUUCAUCCCAAAAUGUAUCCAGUUGCAAUGUGGCUUUUCCUCAAACAGCUGAUGAUUUGCCAGCUGAAGUAUCUUGUAAACAUUCAAGAACUUCAGCCGGUAGCGGUGAAGAUUGUGAGGAGAAGACUAAGUAUCAAGUUAUUCAGCAGAAAGGACGAUUUAAAGUUACCUCGGAGGAAAAGGCAACUCCAGAAAAUCUGACUGCUACUCAACCAUUGCCGACUGAUCCUACACCAGCUAAUCAUUCUUCCCAGUCCAUAUUCCCAGUGUUGCAGAAUGCUUUACAGGCAACUAUUAUUGGAAGAGAGAGUAUUCUUAGUGCAAUGAGGCAAGUGGCCGACUCCACAGCUAACCUUUCCAUGGAUGCAGGAUGUAAUCCAUCAAAUUCAGCUGGAGUAGAGAAAUCACUGGUAUGGAUUUGUACUAAUCUUGUUGCGACAUCCUCCGCAAAUUCAACCAUAACCAGGAAUUACUAUUCUAUAAUUUCUCUCUUUUCUUCAUUUCUUGGGGGAUCCAACAUACUAUAUAACACCCUUCUCUCUUUCUCUGUAGUUGGAGGCAGCUCUUGACAGGGAGAGGGAUUUACAUCGUGAAGUUGCUGAUUUACGAUGGAGGCUCGAGCGUUCCCAGGAAGAGCUUCAAAAAUAUAAAACAGAAAACAAAAGCCCAAAGUGACAAAAAUUUGUGUGAAGUCUACAUCAAAGUGUAGGAGAUAACUGACUUUGUAAAUGAGAUACCAGAGUUAACAGAUUUAAAUUUCAUCCCACUUUUAGGGUGAAGGUAUGGGCUGCUCUCCAACUGAGUUCGACCUCAGCACUAGGGUUGCCUUUUUCCCUUUUUUUUUAUACUUGUUUCUGCUUAUUCUUGUUUUACGUACAUGUUGAAGUUUUAGAGAAUAUCAUCCUUGGUGAUAUUAAUUCAUAUUUCUAUUUAAAACCUUUACAAGAAUUUGCCCCGUU